AUGAGUUGGAAGAAUAUAUUUGCCUUAACAUCAAGCAUUCUAUACUUGAUUCUCAUUUCAUUACUAUUUUUUUAUUAUCGAAUAAAUUUCAUUUGUGGAUAUAAAAGUGCUUGCAUUAGAUUUUGUUCAAAAGAUACUGAGAAAUUUUCAAAUAGGAUCUUAUUUGAUAGCUUAAAGAAAGACAAUAUGACACGUUAUUAUGAUCCUGAAUUUGAGAAAAUAACUUUUUUUCGUGGAGCUCCAGAGUGUAACGUACAAAUGAUAAGCAUUGAUGAUGUAAAAGUUGAGAGUGAUUACUACAAUUCUACCGGUACAAUAAAUCAUUAUUUGUAUGAGGAUGGAAGUGUUUAUAGCAGGGGCUCAGACUUUACAAUUUACAAAAAUUGUCUUGCACUGGAAGAUGAAUCCGCAGAUGAGUGGAUUACGAUGGUUUGUUCAGAAGAAACCAUUGUGCAGCCAACAAUAUUAGUCAUAAUGACAAUAUUAUCUUUAAUAAUUUUGCUAGCAACGCUGACAAUUUACUCAUUCAUUUCUGAACUUCGUGAUUUUUAUGGGAAGAUGAUCAUUUUAUUCCUGUCAUCAGUGAUUUGCACUUAUAUAGUAGUUCCUGGAAUAUUUCACGGAAAUAUCAAUGAAAAAGUAAACGUGAUUAUGGGAUAUGGAUUUACAUCUGGCAAUCUGUGGCUGAAUUCGAUGAUCCUCAAUAUUUACUUCAGAUGCAGAGAUUUUAGAACCUUGAAGUCUAAGAAUGACAAGUUCAAGCCAUUUGUGAUUUAUGUGUCAAUUUUUACAACUUUUGCAGUGCUAUUUGUCAUUUUGGAUAUGACAUUGCAAAGAAACAGCUUUUCAGGAGAAUUCAUAAGUCUCGUGCAUUAUUAUUUGAUUUUGAAUGACCUAAUAGUUUUAAUCAUCACGUCAAUAAUAAUAAGGAAUGUUUUAAAACAAAUCGACAUCUCUGAGCGACUACAGCUUGAAAAAGAGAAGAAAUUAUUUUGGAUUUAUGUGAAGCUAUUUGCAAUUAUGUCCGUGACCUGGUCAACCCAGAUUUUUGCAUUGAAAAGAGAAUUAAAUCAAUUUGGUUGUUUGACUGCUGCUUUGAUAAUGCUUUUCUCAGCUGUAAAUGUGGCUGGGUUGUUUUUAGGAAGAAGAAAAGUGAGGAAUUUGCUAACUGAACAGUACAAUAGAACUUUCAACAGACAAAGUGAAAUGGAAUUUUAG